AACCUUUUAAAUUAAAAAAAUCCCUUUUAAAAAUCAAUAAGAAGCCCAUAGCCCAAUAUGCUAAGCCCCUCAACCUUUUUAAAAAUCACACAUCCGCAGGUAGCCGACUGAAAAAAAUCGCCAAAUCGGAAAACUGCCGGGCGAGAGACGCCGCCGCCGCCAGAGUCCAGACGCCGCCGCCACCAGAGUCCAGACGCCUCCGGGAGCCGACCCUCCGGCCUCCAGAGGGACACCCCUUGACCUUUGUGCGGUUUGGCUCUGGAGUUUGGAGUCUAGCCUCCUCCAUUUCGACAUUUCAUCGCCAUUCCAAACACAUCCAGGUGUUAAGGAAAACUCUAUGCCGAAGUGGCUGGCACUCUGUGUUUGAUCGGUACGGUGAGGAUGAAUUCUCAACCACGGCGAAUCUUGCCACCUGGCGCGUCACGGAAACAGAAAGAGAAGGAAAUGUCAUCUUAUAAUUCCAUGUGGCCAUCAUCAUAUCCAGUUAGUCACAAGGCUACGACGUCGUCGAAGCAAGCUGAGUCAGCAGCAGUCCACUCGAACCGGGUCUUAGCCGGGUACAUGGCUUAUGAGUUCUUAACUAAAGGAACCAUGUUUGGCCAGAUGUUCGACCGGGCUCGAGCCGAGGCUGCCCUGGGGAACAGUGGUGCAGCAGAUGAGGUGAGAAGGGGAAAACCGGCUGCCGAAGCCGAGCCGAACGAGAUGAGGAGCCGAACAUAUGAUGAGGUGGCGAGCCUGUUGAGGAGCGACGAGGCCCACAUCCCCGGUGUGGUAAAUCCGACGCAGCUCGCGCGAUGGCUUCAGAUGUGACAUCAUUGUGCGCCGGUUUUUUGAAAAUCCUUACCAAAACACUAAUAGGCCCCAUUUGGUACACGGAAUUCAAAUUGUGGAAUUGGAAUUGAGGACUUCAAUUCCAAUUCUGGUGUUUGGUAGCACAAAAAUUA